AUGGCUUCAAAAAAGUCUUUGAAUUUAGCAAAAACAAAAGAUGAAUUAGUCGAUGGUGUAUACAUCAGACCAUCAAAGAAAAAAAUAAUGACAUCGCAAAUUGUCACUAAUGAUGAGUUAACAAACUUGAUUCAAGAACGUUUGGCUAAUCGUCGUACUGGUGAACGUACGGAAUUUGCUAAUCAAUUAGCUAGAAAAUUAAUUAAAAAAUUACAUGAUCAAGAUGUAAAGCUUCGAAAAACUAAUGGUAAAAAAAGAGGUGGAUUGGUUACUCAAAUUAUAGAUGAAAAAAAUGGUCACUUAAAUACGAAAAGAGUUAAAGAAGAAGUUCUUCCUGGAUCUGAUUUAAUUGAUGAAUUUGUUGCAGAUAAUACUCCACCUCCUAAAAAGCGUGACCCACCAAAGAUGACUUGUAAAGAAAUGGCAAUGACAAUUAUAAAUUGCAAAAAAGUGUUGGAAGACAAAACAACAUUAGAUAAAAAAGUUGCUAAUAAGUUUACGUGUGCACUCAAGUCAAGAUUAGCUUAUAAAUUAAAAAAAAAACCAAAUACUUCAAGUAAAUAA